AUGACGAUUAAGCGGGCCAGAGUUGGGGAUGCAAGGGCGGAGAAAAGGAGCCCCAAAAUAGCUCAAAUAAUGGGCACAUUGCAUGCGAGCCAAACAGGUUCACUUACGGAGUGCAGCCGCAGAAGCCAACGCCGACGCCGAAGCCGCUUCCGACGUCUUUUUGGUCAACCAGCCCGUGAGGCGGGUCGAUACAACCGGCCCAGGCGAUGCUUGCGCUUCGGAUGGGACCUAAAGGGCUGCUGUUAUUUCAAUGAAUGCACGCCGCAUCGUGCGGACGCGUGA